AUGGAGGUGUUAAGCAUGUUUUCUUUUAUUGCUCAAGCCACGAUACUCUUCCUUUUGUUUCUUAAACUCACAGCCUACGGCAACAAAAGCAAAUUACGCAAGAAGCAGCUGCCUCCCGGGCCAUGGAGCCUUCCGUUCAUCGGCAGCCUCCACCACGUCUUGCGUGGCCUCCCACACCGCACAAUGAGGGAGUUGUCUCGCCGUCAUGGACCCCUGAUGUUCCUCAGGCUUGGCGAGGUUCCAACCUUGGUCGUCUCCAGCGCCGAGGCGGCGGAGCUGGUGAUGAGGACCCACGACCUGUCGUUCGCCUCCCGGCCGAGCAGCGUGACCAUCGACAUCAUCGGCUGCUGCGGGAAGGGGAUCGGCUUCGCACCCUACGGGGACCGCUGGCGCCAGAUGAAGAAGAUCUGCAUCAUGGAGCUUCUCAACGCCAAGCAAGUGAAGCGUGUCGAGUCCAUAAGGGCCGAGGAGGUGGGCGGCCUCUUCCGCUCCUUUGCGGCGGCCUCUGGUUUCGUCAACCUCAGCAAGAAGGCGUCGGCGCUAGCGAACGACAUCGUCGCCAUGGCCAUGUUCGGCGGCAAGUGCGCAGAGGAGAAGUCCGAGUUCGUGCUCGCCUACGACCAAGUAAGCGAGCUGGUGGCUGGGUUCUUCCCGCUGGACUUCUUCCUGUCGUCGCGGAUCGUACGGCGGCUGAGCACCAUCGAGCACCGCCUCCGUGGGAGUUAUGGCUGCAUCCAGCGCAUCAUUGCGAGUAUCGUCGAGAGCCGCAAUGCGGAGAUCGCCGCCAACGGGGAUCAGGAGGAUUUCCUGGGAGUGCUGCUCAGGCUGCAGAAGAAGGAUUCACUUGCUUUCCCUCUAACCCCGGAGACUAUUGGUGCGAUCAUGUUUGACAUAUUUGGAGGCGCUACUACAACCUUAGGAUCCACUGUAGAGUGGGCUAUGUCGGAGUUGUUGAAAAAACCCGAGACUAUGGCAAAGUCACAACUAGAGGUUCAAAGCGUUCUAGGUGCACUAUGA